AUGGCCGCAGCAGCACAAGCGCUCACAGAGCAGACGCGAUCGCUGUUCGGCGACAGCUUCGGCGAAGCGACCACCAUAUCGGACAUUCCUCCCAUUUCCACCUCGUACAAGCGAAAAGUCGAAUAUGAAAGUGUUCGAGAGCUCCCCAAGGCUCUGGCAGAGAAGCAGGCUAAAGCGGUGGCUUCACGAGGGCCAAAGAGACCGAAAGUUCAAGCGGGAGGGAGUCAACUCGCGCUGGUUAAGAGCGAGGGGAAAUCAGGUUCACAUCCGCAGGCAUCACAGUCAAAUGGGAUUGGAAACAGUUUAAUACGGAGACCGAAUAUGCAGCAGUCGAGGCCGGAAUGGCACGCGCCGUGGAAGUUGAUGAGGGUGAUAUCAGGCCAUCUAGGAUGGGUGCGCGCAUUGGCUGUUGAGCCUGGGAAUCAGUGGUUCGCGUCUGGCGCAGGUGACAGGACCAUCAAGAUUUGGGAUCUGGCGUCUGGCCAACUGCGACUGACGCUGACGGGCCACAUAUCAACGGUUCGAGGGCUUGCCGUGUCACCGCGGCAUCCAUACCUCUUUUCCUGCGGCGAGGACAAGAUGGUCAAAUGCUGGGAUCUGGAGACCAACAAAGUCAUCCGCCAUUACCACGGCCAUCUCUCCGGCGUCUACACACUCUCCCUACAUCCGACGCUCGACGUCCUCGUAACAGGAGGACGAGACGGCGUCGCGCGUGUCUGGGACAUGCGCACACGCUCCAACAUCCACGUGCUCAGCGGCCACAAGGGCACCAUCACCGACGUCAAAUGCCAAGAAGCCGAUCCGCAAGUCAUCUCAUCGAGUCUAGACAGCACGGUGCGCCUCUGGGACCUCGCCGCAGGGAAGUCCAUGGGCGUGCUAACGCACCACAAGAAAGGCGUGCGCGCGCUAGCCGUCCACCCCAAGGAAUUCACGUUCGCGUCUGGCUCCGCGGGCUCCAUCAAGCAGUGGAAAUGCCCCGAGGGCGCCUUCAUGCAGAAUUUCGACGGCCAUAAUGCCAUCAUCAACACGCUUGCUGUGAACGAAGAUAAUGUCCUUUGCAGUGGUGGCGAUAAUGGAAGUGUCUCCUUUUGGGAUUGGAAAACAGGCCAUCGAUUCCAGACCACCGAGUCUCUCGCUCAGCCGGGCUCCCUUGAUGCUGAAGCCGGUAUCAUGAGCACUACCUUUGAUCAGACCGGCUUGCGCUUGAUCAUGGGCGAGGCCGACAAGACCAUUAAGAUUUGGCGGCCUGAUCCUGAUGCGACGCCAGAGACCCAUCCGCUUGAUUGGAGACCUACCCUGGGAAGAGUCAAGUAUUGA